GCGACUAAUCACGACUCCUCAACCCUCCGCCUUUCGGAAGCGCCCUCCCCUUCCGUCGGUUCUCCGAACUCUUAAUUCUUCCCUGGUCAUCCAGCUUCUCGCCUGCCAUUCAGCCUCCACCAUUUCCGUUUGAUUGCCUCGACUACAACUCUCUGGUGUUUUCAGUCUUCUGCACUCGCUGGGGAUGGAUCCACGAUUCGCUACCAAUCGCGAGGAUCUGUAUAACUUACAGAUGGAACUGAAGCAAGUCCAAUACACGCAGAGCAAUCAUGCAGAGCGACUUUUGCGAUUGGAGAAACGACAGGCAGAUGAUGCCGCGUUGAAGUCGGUUUGGAACUCUCCUUUUCCUGGCGUCCUUGGUGGCACACCACAGCAAGGCCCAGUUCAAAUGCCCCACGCUGACGUGUUUGAUGACUUGGAUGAGCAGGGUGAGCAACUUCUGGGCUCCCUCCAUCUGGGCCCCGCGGAAGAAGAGCCAGUUCGUCGGGGUGCCGCUUCGCGAGCAAAUAGCGUUCGCUUCGAUGAGAGUGCCUUGCACGGAUCCAACUGGGGUGGCCAGAGCAGCCGCCAUUCAGGCGAUUUUGGCCCUGUCCGGCCCGGCAGUGGCCUCAUGAUGGAGCGCUCGCUCUCUCACAAGUCUGAUGGAAGGCACAGCUCCGCCGGACAUUCGGUGCAUUCCCACCACUCUGUUGCGUCGGGCCGAGCCAGCAGCUUGGGCCUCGAUAACAACUUUGCGGUUGGAGAUGAUGACGACGAUUCGUUCAACAUACCCGAACCCCCUCCUUCCUUCUUCGUGCUUGGGACAGUCCCCUCGAUAGCCCGGUGCUGGCUGACAACCAACUUUGCCCAUGGCACCCUCCUCUAUGCCGAUAUCUGCUCUGGGUCUCAGAAGUCCACCGUCGAAUUUUCCCUUCUCAAGGAACUUGACCUUCUGGAUGAAGUCCAACGCGACACUGACGGGGUAUACCGCAUUAGACUGAACGUCUACUUUGCUGAGGCUGUCAUCACCCAUCAUGGAAAUCGGUCUGACCGGUCUGACAGCCCCAGGGCGCCAGUCCCCUCCAUCACGGUCUUCUUUGAGGUCUCUGGAACAGAGCAGAUCGCCCAAGGCAUGGAUCGGAAAGCGAUUGGAAUUUUCUUAGGCAGCGAUGCCCUGCGGGCUCACUCUGCCGAUAUCCUCUUCUCGCAAAACACAAUGACCCUCUACGGAGACGAACGAGAACGACUGCAGGUACCCUUUGUACGCCCCGAGGAUGAUACUGUGUUCCGGAACCUCUGCACGACCAACCUUAUCCCUGAGAAGCACAAACUGAAUGCCAGUGCCGCGCCGUUUGUCUUGGGCGAGGCAGACCAAGGCAUGACUCAAGAAGGGAUUUCGGACGCAGGAUCCAACGCUUUGCAUGACGAUGAGUCCCAUAGCGGCGUCUCCCCUAUGGCUUCUCAGGUCGUGCCUAGCAAGGACCUUGAGCCCAGCAGCAGCCUGUCCGAUGCGGGCGGCGACGGCGAUAGGCCUGGCAGAGACACCAAUGGCUCCGAGUCCGGCAGUAGAGAGGGAAUGGGCGGGUCGUCGUCAUCGGAGCCUCGCCGGGAGUCUUCUGCUGGCAUAUGGGGAUCUUGGCGCCAGGGGACGAGCAAUGGAGCUGACGGCUCCCGGGAGAGUGGGCCGCUGAGCGGAUACCAGCCGGCGGGCCGGGGCAACCGCAACAUGAAGGUCUUGAAGCCCCAGAAAUCGGGCUCGACAUCUGCUAGAACCGGUGCGUCCUACGAACCCCCUCCGUCGUCCAAGGCCUCUAGCGAAGGCCGACGCAAGAGCCAACCCAUCCUUGGUGGAGAGAACGGCAAUAGAUGGGAUACGAAGCGGGUAGCAAGCAUCAGCGGGGAACCGAAGUCGCAAAUGCAGCCUCAGCCACAGCCGCAGCCGCAGCCGCUCGGGAAUCGUGAAGUGCGUAACGCGAAUGCGCUGCCGCGAUCCGCCAACCCCGUCGGCGUUGCUUCAGCCUUCUCAUGGAUGACACCGACGAUGAAGCCCAAGGGAACUACUACGGGCAUGGAAUAACCUAGGGCAGUGAUGAUGGGUAGUUCGGUCCAGUUGUUUGUGGUUCCAGUGCCUGUUUACUUCUUUUUUG